AUGUCCGAGUCCCAGUCUCAGUCUGCAUCAGAGCACGACUGUCUCAAUCAGACACAUCCUACCUCCCCCAUAGUUCCAGACCUCUCUGGGGCAGUUCCUACCUCCACAGAGGCAAGGGCCAAGUGCUGCAUCGCCGCAUUGGAAGAAGAACUGCAACAGAUGAAGCAGGAGAAAGGCACAAAGCAGAGAAAAACAACGUACUACAUCGCUCAAGGCAGGGCGAUUCGCCGCACGACUGUCCUCUAUACUAGCUUGGAGGAUUUGAUAGCUGAGAAUGAUCACAGAUACGAGACAGGCCUCGUAGAUGGCCUAGUUUGGGGCACCACUACAGAACAAGAUCGGUUGCAAUGUGGCUAUCUCGCAUUCAUGCAGACUCUGCCGUGGCUGCAUCCUAAGCUUGCAUGCCUUGACGUCAACGACUGUGAAGAUAUGUUGAGAAAGCUCAAAAAAGGAGCUGAUGCGGCCCGUGGCGACGAUACUUCCACUCUUAAGGACCUCAUUGCUGCAUGGGUCAACGAGGAUUUUCGACCGUCUGCUCUACUGAGGUCUGAUAGCAAACAGCUGCAUGGCUUCGCACAUGACGUUUGGGGAAAGCUGCUUUGCCCUGCUGAGUGGAACUUGAGUGAUGACCGUGUGAGGGCCGGCAUUCGUGACCGAACAUCAGAUCACAUCGUGUCCGAAAACUCUUGGCCACUGUUUGUUUAUGAAAACUACUCAUUCAAUAGUGAUGAUCUAGAGAAAGGCCUCUUCAGGUCCAAGAUUUUGGUACAGGCUUUCAAAGCCAUUUUUACAUCUCCGUCUUCUGCAAGAGAAGUUGAGGGUGAUGGUGAUGGAGCGGACAUACUCGAGAAUAACAGGCACGCCCGACGGACGUUAAAUAAUGUCAAAGUCAAAACCUGCGUGGCCUCAAUCAUCAACAUGAGGAAGGUCACCCCUCGUACCAUUGCUUAUAUUGUUUGUCAGGUUCGUUUCGCGCUAUCCAGUGUCUUGUCCUGGCGUACCGUCAAUGGCGACUUUGAUUACGAGGCAUUCUGGAACAACACCAUCGACUUCUUCAAAGACGUGCCUGGCCCUGUCGCACAACAUAGGGUGGCCAAACUUCUGGAAUGGUGGACUAGAAAGGUUUUCGGAAAAAACCAUCGGGAGGACCUAACACCGGAAGUAGUGUCCAAGAUGUCUGUUACUGCGCUGGCCAAGCAGAGAAAGGUGCUGGAGGAUGCCGCCUUUGACUCGGAGUAG